AUGGCAGCCGAUUCUAGGUAUGGAGGCAGCUGUAUCGCCGCGAGGCUCCAGCGCAUUUACAGGUUCCUUAAGAGGCGGCAACUGCUCCUUCGGCGUGAGUCGCUGCAAAAAAAAUUACUGAUGCUGCAGCAGGAAUCAAAGUCUGAUGCCAAGUCGCCGAGGCAGCAACAGGAGCAGCAGCUUCAACUGGAGCAACUGCAGCAACAAUUGGAAGCGCAGGAGGACCUUCCCGCUGCCAAGAUUCACGAACGUCUAGGACGCCUGUACACCGAUAGCUUCGCAGCAGCGAGUGAGAUGCUGCAAAGGCAGGCAGACCAACAACAGCAACAGCAGCAGCAGCAGCAGCAGCAGGAGUUUGAUAACGGGCCAGAGCAGGAAGAGCAGCUGUUGCAGCUAGCCGCAGCCGCAUCAACCUCCCCCUUUCUCAGCAGCGGCUUUCAUAUGCGGCGAUUGCACGCUGAGAUUUCCUUUGCUGCGCAUCUAAACCUACAAGCCAUCAUUCUGCCACCACCAACCACUAGGAAACCCCUUCUCUUGGCAAGAGUCAUUAAGGCGUGGCUGUCUCAGCUGCAGCCCCCAACAUUCUGGAUACGGCUCCCACUGCAGUACAGCAAGCCAACAGCCGCGGCAGCCGCGGCAGCAGCAGCAAGGCGCGACGCUUUAGCUCUAGGUGCAAAGACACCUGAAGCAGCAGUGGCUGCGGCAGUCUUGCAGGAGCUGCAGCAGCUCGCCUUGCUGAAUGAGGGCUUUGCCACUGCCGCAGCUUCCACUGCCAGCAAGCAGCAGCAGCAACACCAGGGAGACGAUGACGAAGAAGAGCACCUGCUAGACCCCUGGGAGCAAUGGUCCUUCCUGCAGCAGACAGUUGGAGUGUCUAUUCACCUGGGCGUGGCUCUGCAGCUGACAGAAGACCUUCCCUCGGAGCUCGUGCUGCAGAGAUGGCUAGCAGAACCUCUGCGGUGUGUCUUGAUUCCCACAAGCAUUUUCAUGCAGCUGCAGCAACAGCCAGAUGUGACGCUUCUGCGGCAGCAUCUCACCUUCCUACUCCGCUGUGCAGAGCUUCGGGUGCGUCUAGUCCUUAUUGACGACCGUGAGGCGGAAGCAGAGACAGCGGCGUCAACACCAAAAUCAGAGGCAGAAGCAGCAGCAACUGCAGCUGGUGUUGGUGCUCUCCAGUCGAAGCGAGCUGUUCAGUCCUUCCAAAUGCUCCCUCCUCUGCCGCCGUCUCUGCUCUUCUCUAGAGGCCAUCGCAACACCCUCCAAAUCCCCAUGCAACCUUUGGCAGAUGACUUAAACGCGUGCAGCUACGAGGUCUUUGAACGCGAUGCGACUAAGUACAGGCUCUAUUCGCAAGCUAUUUAUCGCCGCCUGAUUGAUCUCUUGGGUCUGGACGACAUCCACCAGGAGCAACAGCAAGCACAGCGCCGAGGCAAGCCCGUGGGGAAGCGGAGGAGGAGCCAGAGGUCACCUUGCGGCAGCAGCAGCCGCAGCCUCAGCAGAAGCAGCAACAGCAGCGACGAUGAGCAGCAACCACAGCGCCAGCAGCAGCAGCAGCCCUGCAAGAAUCCUUAUGGCAUCACGACUGCCUUGAACAAUCCUAAUUGCCUGUACAUCUCAGAGGCCAACUUCCCGCUGCUGCAGCGGCAGCAGCGACAACGGCAGCGCCAGAGCAGCCGUCAAAGCAACGGCAUUCGUACGGCUGCAGCGAAGUCAGAAGCAGCGGCAUCUGACGCGGCGCCGCUGAUCGAAGACUCCCCGCAAUACAAGACGGCGAUGGGCCGUUUCUCGUGCCUCGCCUUCCUUAAGGAUGUUCGCUUUGGAAGCGAAGCAGAGUACUUAGGGUACCGCCCUCCAGCAGAGAUGCACGCCCACCUCAGGGCAGCAGCAAGAGCAAUCAGGGCAGCAGAGGAAGUGCAGGAGGGCAGCGAUGACUGGCCCCGAAUCGCAGUCUAUGUGGUGGGUGCUGGUAGGGGGCCUUUGGUGCAGGCAGCGUUGGACGCGCUGCGCAAAGUCGGUGUGCCGCCUUGUUUCUAUUUUGUAGCCGCAAUCGAGAAGAAUCCGCAGGCGCUGUACGCGCUCAUGGAUCGGCAGCAGCACGAUGCAUGCGCUGCUUGGCGGCAGGUUGCCGUUGUGGCUGGCGACAUUAGGAAGCCAGAAACUGCAGCAGCGGUAGCUCGGGCUGCAGCACGUGCUGCGGCGAUUGGGAAGGGAGCUGUAACAGCCGCACCGCUUCCACCCGCGGGGAGCGCCCGCUGCGACAUUAUGGUCUCCGAGCUGUUGGGGUCUUUGGGAGACAAUGAGUUAUCGCCGGAGUGUAUAGACGGCGCACAGCAGCUGCUGCUGAAGGCUGAAGGCAUCUCCAUCCCAGCGGCGUAUGUUUCUUCCCUUGAGCCUGUCUCGUGUCCGCUGCUGCAUGCCGCUGCAGCCGCUGCCUAUGGCGAUACGCAUCAGCUAGACGCCAUGUUCGUGGUCUAUCCCCACGGCAUCUUCAGGCCUUCAAGGGAAGGGCCUCGCUCGUGCUUCGCGUUUCAGCACCCAAACCCAUUGGUAGCACCCUUCGCCACGUCUGCUGCUGCCAAGCGCAUGCACGCAUUUACAGAGUACAUCCUCGGAACGCCAGCAGCAGAGACCACCGCAGAGGGCGAUGCAGCAGCGCCAGCCGCCAAUGCAGAAGCAGAACGGUGUGGAGUAGACUUUGCGUCUCCCUUUUGCCUGUCCAGUACUGCUGUAACAACAGGAGCCGCCGGGGCACAGGGCGACCCCUCAGAUCGAGUAUGCCUGCUGCAGUGGUCCCUCAAGAGCGACUGCACAGUGCACGGCUUCUUGGGUUAUUUCUUCUGCUGCCUUUACAGAGAUGUGUCCCUUUCCAUAGACCCCCGCUGCUGCACAAAAGAUAUGGUCUCGUGGUUUCCUGCGCUGCUGCUGCUGCGGCAGCCGCUGCCACUGCGCAAACAGCAAGAGCUGGUGCUGGCUAUCACACGCAAGAGCGAUAACCACAGGGUCUGGUUCGAAAGGGCUGUCAUGUCUCCCGUCGCGACGCCCAUCCAAAAUCUAAAUGGCGUCUGCUACUUUAUGGGGAAGUGA